ACAAAGGCGCGUGUGUGUCAGGAUGUUUGUGUGGAUGGUGGCAGCGUGCUGCAGGUGUGUCCCAGCACUUCCCGUCUCGGCUUCGCCAUGCUCAUGGCAAACACGCUGACUGUGACUGGCGGAAGCUGGCUGGUGCACCGCGACAACGAGUUCCACACCGCCUACGUUGUGUACCUGACCAAAUACUACGGCAUUGCUUUUUGUGAUCAGAGUGUGUGGUCGAUACUUUACAACAAGUUCACUCACGGCUUUUACUCGUCGACCAUUGCAUGUAUGACGAGCAAGUGGCCACCACCAUCCGACACGCGCCCGACCAUCUACGGCGUGUGCAACGAGGCAAGGGGCUCUCCUGUGACGGAUUACCAAGAAGAGCUCAAUAUUGGGACGCCCGUGAGGGUGCUGGACUGUGGUGCGUGCACCGUGGACGCCGUGUGCUUCGCAGCGAGGACGAGCAGCAUCAGCGGCUGUGAGUGUGUGUGCGCUGCUGGCGGCUACGGUGACACGUGUCUGCCGGCUGCUGUUCCGGACGGCCUUGGACCGCUCCCGCUCCUCGAAGCGGACGACACGGAGGUCCGCUGCGUGCACGGUGGCAGCAUCAGCUCCGUGGACGAUCCUGAUCCCGGUGUGCGUGGUCUGUGCUUUGUCAACGUGACCUUCACUGCCGCGAUUGCGCUGGACCUGUUGCAUUUUGACGCGCCAGAACAAACACUCAACAUCACGCUGCUGCAGUGCGUUCUCAUAGGCCUGUCGAUCAGGGGAAUUGGUGCGCGCGUGCACGUGAACGUGACAUCCUCGAUGCUGGAUUUCGGAGCGUUGGAGUUUGAGGGUGAUUUCGGCGUGGGCUCCCAGAUACUGGUGGCAGGCAGCGCGCUUGUGACGGAGUCGUCUUACGCCAUUUUAUUUUUAAAGGUUUUUCUUGGUGUGAACUCGACGCUGCUGCUGCUUGACAACAACUUGGAGGGGAGUAAUUGCGCGUUAUAUAUUUCCAAUGCUGCCGUUGAUGGUGGCGGGGUCAUUGUGAAGGGAAAUACGCUGAUCACAACGGAGGAGGAUCAGGGUGUGGAGUCAUCUGUUUGCGUGAAUGCUAUUGAUGUGAGGAACGGCGGCCACAUUGACGUGGAAAACAACACGAUGAGUGCUGCUAAUGGUGUUUACAUUUUUGGGGAUACUUCCGUGAGCACCGCGGGGCUGCUGCGAGUGGCGGACUGCACCUUUGUUGACAGCACGAAGGUUUCGACUUCUGCGCUGGUGUAUUUGUCUGGCUUUGUGACUCUCGAGGGUAGUGCGCAGUGGCGUGUGGAGGGCAACAGCGUGGGUGCAGCCUCGGUAUUAAAUAUUCCUCAUUUUCAGCACAAAAUUCGGCUGUCGGGCAGCAGCACCACCGUGGUGCUUGCAAACAACCGUCAGGUGGACUCGAGGGUUUCUUUUGCCAAACUUCUCCCAUCGAGCAUUGUCGUGAAGUUACCCGCGCGGUUGGUCGUUGGGUGCAAUCUGCAGGGCGAUGAGGAGGUGUCGUACGACGAUGUGUUUCUUGGGGAAGUGGUGGUGUUCAGGUGUGGCACGUGCAACGAAGACGCGGCGUGCUACAUGCCCGGGACGGAGUUGGUGGACCGCA